UGCCACAGCGCCCCCUGCCUGCGGUGGGCGGGACGGCGCGCUCCUCGGCCAGCAGCAAAUGGCUCUGGAGUUGGAGGCUCCUUUGUGUGAAGCAGCGGCGGCAGGCACACUCGCGGAGGAGCCCCACGCCGAGCGAGCCCGUGCUUUCCACGCUGCCUCGCGGGGGGGAAGCCCCACCAGAGCCUCGUCCCCCACGGCCGGACCGGAGCUUGCCCUCCAUCCCUUCCUUCCUUCCCUUUCCCAAGGCUGGGGAGAGAAAGACGCAGAAAGAGAGAGAGAGAGAGAGAGAGAGAGAGAGAACAGACGGGGAGGGAGAGAAAGGAAAGAAGAGAGCGAACUCUCCCCAAAGAAGUCCGCAAAGGGAAAAAAGAAGAAAACUCCGGGAAGUUACCUGCCCGGCGGGAGGAGACCUUGCCACCCCUUGGCUCCCUAUUUUGGGGGGAGAGGGGCAGGUUUUUCUCCCUCUCUCUUCCACGGAAGGGUUUUUGUUGUUGUUGUUGUCCUAAACUCAAAUCCUUUUGGGGAUUUUUCGGGUCCUGUUUUGUUGGGGUUUUUGUGCAUUGAUUUCCCCAACUCCUCUCGCUUUAUUAUUUAUUAUUUCUUCUCCUGCUUGAACAUCACCAAGAAAGAGGGGCAAGGGAAGGCGAGGAGUUGGGCUUGAUGUGCUAGUGUGCCAUGGACGUACGGUUCUACUCGCCGCCGCCUCCUCCUCCUCCUCCUCCGCCGCCGCCUCCUCCUCCUCCCGCUGCGCCCCCAUCCCAGGCUGCUGCCGCCACCGCUCCCGAGGCGCCUUGCCUGGGACCUUCGCCCUGCCUGGACCCCUACUACUGCAACAAGUUUGACGGUGAAAACAUGUAUAUGAGUAUGACAGAACCGAGCCAGGAGUAUGUGCCAGCCAGCCAGUCUUUCCCUGGUCCAAGUCUUGAGAGUGAAGAUUUUAACAUACCUCCAAUCACCCCACCUUCACUACCUGACCAUUCACUUGUGCAUUUGAAUGACACAGAAACUGGUUAUCCUUCACUUUGUCACCCUAUCAACCAUAAUGGCCUACUCCCAUUCCAUCCGCAAAAUAUGGACCUACCUGAAAUCACCGUCUCGAAUAUGCUUGGCCAAGAUGGAGCGCUGCUUUCAAACUCACUUUCUGUGUUGCAAAACUGGACUCACAUGGCAGCUGAAGAAUUUUCUAUGCAAGAGUUGCGGAAUACAGAAGGAGCUCAGUAUAGUUCCCAUCCACAGAUAGCUGCCAUGAGACCAAGGGUUCAGCCUGGAGAGAUGAGGCAGCCAGGAAUGAUGCCACAUGGUCAACUGACUACUAUUAACCAGUCACAACUUAGUGCCCAGCUUGGCUUGAAUAUGGGAGGAAACAAUGUUCCCCACAAUUCUCCAUCUCCUCCUGGAAGCAAGUCUGCAACUCCUUCACCAUCCAGUUCUGUUCAUGAAGAUGAAGGGGAUGAUACUUCAAAGGUCAAUGGGGGAGAAAAAAGACCUGCCUCUGAUAUGGGAAAGAAACCCAAAACUCCCAAGAAGAAGAAGAAGAAAGACCCCAAUGAGCCGCAGAAGCCUGUGUCUGCCUAUGCAUUAUUUUUCCGAGACACACAAGCCGCCAUCAAGGGCCAAAACCCAAAUGCUACUUUUGGCGAAGUUUCUAAAAUUGUAGCUUCCAUGUGGGAUGGCUUGGGAGAAGAACAAAAGCAGGUAUAUAAAAAGAAAACUGAAGCUGCUAAGAAGGAAUAUCUCAAGCAGCUAGCAGCUUACAGAGCAAGUCUUGUAUCCAAGAGUUACAAUGAACCUGUGGAUGUUAAGGUAUCCCAGCAACCUCAGAUGAUGAAUGCAAAGCAGUCUGUGUUCCAUGGAUCUACACAGCCUCAUUCAGCACUGUAUCUAAGCUCCCAUUACCACCAACAAGCAGGAAUGAAUCCUCACAUAACAGCCAUACAUCCUAAUAUUCCUAGGAAUAUAGCACCUAAGCCUAACAACCAAAUGCCUGUGACUGUUUCCAUAGCCAACAUGGCUGUGUCUCCUCCUCCAUCCCUUCAGAUGAGUCCUCCAAUCCACCCGCAUCUCAGUAUACAACAACACCAGCCACUUACAAUGCAGCAGUCCAUUGGGAACCAGCUACCAAUGCAGGUCCAGUCUGCUUUACAUUCACCUACAAUGCAACAAGGUUUUACUCUCCAGCCAGACUACCAGAAUAUUAUCAACCCAACAUCUACAGCUGCACAAGUUGUUACCCAAGCAAUGGAGUAUGUUCGUUCAGGGUGCAGAAAUCCCCCAACACAGAGUGUGGACUGGAAUAAUGAUUACUGCAGUAAUGGGGCCAUGCAGAGGGACAAAGCAUUGUACCUUACCUGAAAAUGUUAUGACGAAGCACCUCUUCUUUCCAGUGAGGAAUGCAGGGAAGUCUUUCCAUCACAGAUUGCAUCAUGCAGUCAAGGCAGUUCUGCAUUUAUUUAGAAAAUAUAAGUUGCUAAGCACUUAGGACUAUUUGAGCUGGUGGGUCAUUCACUCUGGGAAAAGAAAUAGUCUUGCUCCUUCCUCCACCCCUUCCCUCUUUCCCCAUUCCCUCUUUCCCCCCUCCUUCCUUCCUUCCUUCCUUCCUUCCUUCCUCUCCCCUUUCUCCUUCAACAUCCUUUAAUGGACAUUGCUUUUCUUCUUUAAGGAAGGAGGCUUGGACCAUUCUGAUAUUCUGUUGGUUUUUAUUUUUGCUGUGAAGUGCUGCGCUAGUAACUGCCUUAGCAACUGUAGAUGUCUUGGAUAAAAAGUCCUGGAUUUUCCAUUGGUUUUCAUAAUGGGUGUGUUUAUAUGAAACUACUAAAGACUUUUUAAAUGGCUUGAUGUAGCAGUCAUAGCAAGUUUGUAAAUAGCAUCUAUGUUACACUCUCCUAGAGUAUAAAAUGUGAAUGUUUUUGUAGCUAAUUGUAAUUUGAAACUGGCUCAUUCCAGUUUAUUGAUUUCACAAAGGGGGUUAAAUUGGCAAACAUUCAUAUUUUUACUUCAUUUUUAAGCAACUGACUAAUAGUUCUAUAUUUUCAAACUCUUUGAAAGAAAAAAAGGAAAAAAGUUAUUCCCAAAUGAAUUUAAUUAAACAGAAAUUGGCACUGUGUCCUUAGUUAUACAAAAAGAAAAGUCUAGUGUUGGGAAAAGAGCAAACACAUUUAUUUUGUACUGCCUAAAACUGCUUUUUUAUCACUUUAUGUGUAACAGUUAGUAAACGUCAUUUAUGUCCUCUUAUGUAUAAAACUGCCAAAAUGCUUUCUUGGUAUUUUAUUAGAUGCAGAAACAGAUUGGAAACAGCUAAAUUAUAACCUUUACAUAUGGCUAUGUAUUAUUGUUUCUUCAUACUGUGUCUGUAUUUAAUCUUUUUUUAUGGAAGCUGUUGCGCCUAUUUAUGAAAUAAUAAAUAUAGGUGUUUGUAAGUAAA